CCCUUUCGCAAAUCAAAUGGGGGUUUAGUUCUCAUCUAAUUCGUUUGCCUUCUCAUAUUUCUAUUCCUCUGAUGAAGUUCCUUGGAAAAGCUGUAGUUUUUUUUUUUUUUUUUUUUUAAUGUUAGUGCAUUUGUUUUGUUAGUGAUCCUUAGCAUUGUCUACACCAGCAGUCUGCUGCAGAUUAGCUCUCUCACGAAGAAGGGAAUGGACUGUAAAUUCGGACUGUAAAUUCGUUGGCAUUUCCAAUCCGGCCUUCUGCCAUUCCGUCUCUACAGCGCUGAAGCUGCUCUGUCUCCAAAAUGUGGAGACCUCCGACGACGCCAUUGAUGCCUCUGCAGCUUCGGGGCCUUCUCCUUCGCUGCAGCUCCUCUCCAGUUGAAGCUACUCCUCCUCGGAUUCUCUCCUCCCUCUCGCCCCAUUAUUUUUUUCGGUGCUUUCUCUCUCUACCGUUUAUUUCUCUGUCUAGACCCUUCUCAUCUAGGCCCGAGGAGGAACCUGUCCAAGAUCCGGACCAGGUUGCCCACUCUCUAUCCACGGAGUUCCUCAGGGACCCUGACUCUGACCCUCUUUCCAUCAUCCAAAGGUUCGAACUCAGCUUCUCUCACAUCACCCUGUCCCCUCCCGUGCUCCUUUCUACUCUCAAGCUCUCACCUGACGCCGGCCGUACGGUUCUAGGGUUUCUCAAAUGGGUGUGUUCGAGACCCGGCUUCGCUCUCGACGAUGAGACUGUGUCGUUGUUUGUCAAUUACUUUGGUUGCCGGAAAGACUUCAAGACCGUUCAUGAGGUACUCGUUGAUGCCCGGGGUGUUGCGGGGGCCAAAAGUUUGGAAGCAGCUAUUGAUCGGCUUGUUCGGGCUGGACGGCCAACCCAGGCGGUGUCCUUCUUUGACAGAAUGGAGAAAUUUUAUGGAUUUGAUCGCAACAAAGAAUCGCUUAGAAUGAUUGUUGCCAAACUUUGCGAACAUGGGUUUGCGAGUUAUGCAGAGAAGAUGGUGAAGAAUUUGGCGAAUGAGUUUUUUCCUGAUGAAAAUAUGUGUGAUAUGCUGAUUAAGGGGUGGUGUGUUGAUGGAAAGCUCGACGAGGCAAGGAGAUUGGCUGGUGAGAUGUAUAGGGGAGGUUUUGAGAUUGGUACAAUGGCAUACAAUGCCAUUCUUGAUUGCGCGUGUAAGCUCUGUAGGAUAAAGGACCCCUUUAGGCUUCAUUCAGAGGCUGAAAAGGUCUUGGUAGAUAUGGAUAUUGCCGGUGUUCCUCGUGAUGUGGAGACAUUUAACGUGCUAAUUACUAAUUUUUGUAAAAUUCGAAAGACAGAGGACGCAAUGAAGCUGUUUUAUAGAAUGGGUGAGUGGGGAUGUUUUCCCAAUGCAACAACUUUUCUUGUGCUUACGAGAAGUCUCUAUCAGGCUGCAAGAGUUGGAGAGGGGGAUGAGAUGAUUGAUAGGAUGAAAUCUGCAGGAUUAGGGGAUUAUCUUGAUAAGAAAGCGUAUUAUGGGUUUAUAAAAGUUCUAUGUGGAAUUGAAAGGAUUGAUCAUUCAAUGCUCAUUUUCAGAAUGAUGAAAAAGGAUGGUUGCGAACCUGGGAUUAAGACUUAUGAUUUGUUGAUGGGGAAGCUGUGUGCUCACGGACUUGUCGAUAAGGCAAAUGCUUUGUUUAAUGAAGCUGUAAGAAGAGGGGUACCAGUUACACCUAAAGCAUAUAAACUGGACCCAAAAUUUGUGAAGAAACCUAAGGCCGUGAAGAAAGAGAAAAAGCGAGAGACAUUGCCUGAGAAAAUGGCAAGGAAGAGGAGAAGUCUCAGAAAACUUCGGCUAAGUUUUGUGAAGAAACCAAAACAAAUGAUGCGUCGAUCCUUUUAAUCAUAUGUAGUUUUCAGCAUAUAUCAUGAUAGAUUUAUCAAGUGCAAUGCCAAUUUUGAUCAGUAUGAAAUUUUGUUCAAUUGCUUUUGAUGUUUAUUGUUGUGAUUCUACAUUUUGGAGAAGUUAGAAAUAAAAUUGAGUUUAGAGUAGACUCAUUUAUAUCA